GAGUGUAUUUCCAUCCAUGUGGGCCAAGCCGGAGCCCAGAUGGGCAAUGCAUGCUGGGAGCUGUACUGUCUGGAACAUGGCAUACAGCCUGAUGGCCAGAUGCCAAGUGACAAGGCUCAGGGAGGAGGAGACGAUUCCUUCAACACCUUCUUCAGCGAGACGGCGGCUGGAAAACACGUCCCCAGAGCCAUCUUUGUCGACCUGGAACCCACCGUCAUUGUUAUUUAUCUACCUGUGUGGAGUGUUGCUGACGUUUCUCUGGCCAGACGAGGUGGAACUUACCGGCAGCUUUUCCACCCUGAGCAGCUGAUUACAGGAAAGGAGGAUGCAGCCAACAACUAUGCCCGUGGACACUACACCAUUGGCAAAGAGAUCAUUGACCUUGUUCUGGACCGAACUCGCAAACUGGCUGACCAGUGCACUGGCCUCCAGGGGUUCCUCAUCUUCCACUCUUUUGGUGGAGGUACUGGCUCUGGUUUCACCUCCCUGUUGAUGGAACGUCUGUCUGUUGAUUAUGGCAAGAAGUCCAAGCUAGAGUUUGCCAUCUAUCCAGCCCCCCAGGUGUCCACAGCUGUGGUAGAGCCCUACAACUCCAUCCUGACCACCCACACCACUCUCGAACACUCUGACUGUGCCUUCAUGGUGGACAAUGAGGCCAUCUAUGAUAUCUGCCGCAGAAACCUCAAUAUCGAAAGGCCAACCUACACCAACCUCAACAGACUCAUUGGGCAAAUUGUGUCUUCCAUUACAGCCUCCCUUCGCUUUGAUGGAGCCCUAAAUGUUGACCUGACGGAGUUCCAGACCAACUUCGUGCCCUACCCACGUAUCCAUUUCCCUCUGGCCACCUACGCCCCCGUCAUCUCUACCGAAAAGGCCUAUCACGAGCAGUUGUCAGUGGCUGACAUCACAAAUGCCUGCUUUGAGCCAGCCAGUCAGAUGGUGAAGUGUGAUCCCCGUCAUGGUAAAUACAUGGCCUGCUGCCUGCUUUAUCGUGGCGACGUGGUCCCCAAAGACGUCAACUCUGCUAUCGCCGCCGUCAAGACCAAACGCACCAUUCAGUUUGUGGACUGGUGUCCCACAGGUUUCAAGGUGGGCAUCAACUACCAGCCCCCCACGGUGGUUCCUGGAGGAGACCUGGCCAAGGUCCAGAGGGCUGUGUGCAUGCUGAGCAACACCACAGCCAUUGCUGAGGCCUGGGCUCGCCUCGACCACAAGUUUGACCUGAUGUACACCAAGAGGGCCUUCGUCCACUGGUAUGUAGGGGAGGGCAUGGAGGAAGGAGAGUUUACUGAAGCCAGAGAAGAUAUGGCUGCCCUGGAGAAGGAUUAUGAAGAAGUGGGCACAGACAACAUGGGAGAGGAAGAUGAAGGAGAUGAGUACUGA